AACGUAUUUGUAAUGUUUAAUUUAAAUUAUCAGCACUCACAUACUAGUGUUUGUGUGUGUUAUAGUAUAUAGUAUACUAUAUACACAAUACAACGUAAUAAUUACGUCAUUCUUGUAACGAUGAAAGGUUCAAUGAAAGUAAAUAAAAGGUGUAGAACUCUAUAUAUAUACAACAGUCGUAUGUGAGCGUGUUCUAGUGCUUGAAGUAAACGAGAAAAUGCGCAAUAGUUUUGACAGUCAAAACGGUCUCACAGUAAAAACAAUAGUUGCUGAUUUUAAAAAGAAUUUGAUACCAAGUUGAUUCGACUGAAACUCAUUUCAGAGAACUGAUUACACGACGGCGAUGCAAAGCAAACUGAAAUGGAUCCCAAUUCAAUUCUAUGAAAACUCUUAAUUUCCCUAUUUCAACUGUAUUUAUUCCGUUCGACCGGCUAUUUUUGCUUAGUUAACAAAGACUAACAAUCCGACGAGCAUGAAAAGUUGAACGAAUCAAACAACUUUAAAAGAAUCAUUUUUGUCUACCAAAGGAAAUGCAUAGUAUAUUAUUGAUUUAUUUGCGUGACAUCAAUCGAACCGGCAUAUAAAAAUGAUUGGAGAAGAGAAUGUGUAGGCUAAUGACACCGCUAAACUUGUUGAUUUUAACGUUCAAGUUGAAUGUUUAAAGCGCAUAUGAAAUUCUACUCCCAAAUGCUAAUUUUGGGUGAUAUAUUUUGUGAAAAUAUAUUUAAUAUCCCAAGAAAAUGAAUGAACAAAAUAGUCUGAGUGCUGGAUUCAGGGAUACUAUGUAUGGCAAUGAGUGGACUAAGCUAGAAAAUAACAGUAGUUUAACAGAACAACUGGAAAAACUGAACAAAGUACGUGAAAGUAUUUACAGCCCGGGGGGGUGGAGCAGUGAAAAUGUAAAUCAAUCAUCAAAGUGGCUCGUUGAUGUGGAUGAUCCAACGAAAAAUAACAUACACAAAUAUAAUAACGAAAUGGGAACUAAUCGAGGGACCAACUUAUGGACUUCAUCCCAAAUUGCUCCAUGCUCUAGUCAAACUGAUGUAAAAUCCAAUGAUGGGGAUAUGAGUAUAGCACUUCGUUUGCAAAUGGAAACCUUAAAUGUAGGUGGGACAAAGCCUACUCCUUAUUGCCAAAUUCCGAAACAACAACCACAAAUAGACUGUUUGCCUCCAACAUUUUUCUAAUGUUCACACACACAUAUAUAAUACACAAUAUUAUCAUCAAAAAAAGACUUCAUUCUUUUGCAGUAGAGAAUGAAAUGAACUGGUUUUUAUUUUAAUCAUAACCAGGGUUAACAAUACUACAAAACUUAGAUUAGUUCCUAUAUUAAGAUUCAAUAAAAUGUUGUGAUCAUUAAGAUACAAAUUAACAUAUAAUUUUCUUUUUGAAAAUCAGUUAUAAACCCAAUUUUGCUCAAUAGAUGGCGUCACGCAAAACAGACUGUUUAUCGGAAGGGAUAAAAAAACCUAUUGAACUGUCAUUUGGACAAGCUAGCUACCUCAAAUUCAUUGUUGAUUUAUUUACAACUUGGUUAAAUGUUUUUUUUCUCUUGUGAAUUCAAAUAAAAUUCACUGUGUGAUAACAAAGUAGUUAAAGUCUUUGUCUCUUCUCUAUUGUUGGUGAUUUACUUAAAAUACAUUAAAAGUUGUACUAUUCAAAUGAAUGCGAUUAGUCUUUAUGUUUCGGCAUCUCGAUUGCUGUUUAAUCAGUCGGAUACAGAUAAUCCGAACUACUCCGAUUUGUAUCGGUUGAUACCAUAUUUGCGCCAAUCAUUAUCUUGCACGGUAUGUGCAAAUUUACUAAUUGAACCAUAUACAGCAGAAAAUUCCAUUUGCCAGCAUCAUGUGUGUAAGAGAUGUAUAGGGGGAAGAAAAAACCUGAAACCUACAUGUUUAACAUGUAAAAACUAUCAUAAUUAUCAAGCCAAUACUCAAUUACGUAUUUUGCUUCAGUGCUACAAUCAACUAUGUAAUUAUAUUCUGGCAACACCCAGUGUGUACAAUUCUAUGCAUAAUUAUGUUCAUGUUGAUGCCUUCUCCAAUGGAAAUAAUGAAGCUCAAAAUUUGGCUGAAUUGAUUGAUGAGGGCGCGCAGUUUCACGAUGAUUAUAAAAGUAAUUCGGGUUUGGCCAAAGCAAAGAUUUCGAUAUUGCCAUGUAUUUUCACCACAACUUCGUCAGUGUCAUCUAGUCAUAAUAGUGGCGGGAGCAGUAGCUGCAGCGUUGGCAUUACCACCAAUGCACUAACCAACAAAACAACGUUUCAUUCAUCAACAGCGGUCAAUGCUCCUUUUAUUCAUACUACAACAUCAAACCAAUUGAAUUGUUCAACGUCUGCAUCCUCAUCUUUAACAAUGGCAUCAUCAUCGUCUAAAACAAAUGAUGGCGUUGCCAUGAUGGUUAAUACCAGUCUUGCAAAAACUACACCCAUUAAAACAAUGUCGAAUGGAACUGCACUUUACUCAGUUCUAUAUACGGGAACCGGAAAUAAAAUUACAAUCAAAAGAAAAACAGAUGAUAACAAUAUAUUUACAACCGCACGAAACACAAUAAGUACGAAAGAUGUGUUAAACAUGUUGAGUAGAAAUCCAACUAAAAUCACACAGCAUUCACAAAUCCAACAGCUUCAGACUCAAAAGCAAGUUAAACCAAUGCAACAAAUAAUUCAAGCGCAACCUCAUUUUAAAAGACCAGCAAUUACCUUGAAAACAAAUAAAACACUCCAAAAACGUAAAGGAUGUCGUUGUGGAAAUGCAACAGUGAACCCAGGCAAAUUGACUUGCUGUGGCCAACGAUGUCCGUGCUAUGUAGAAUCUAAAAGCUGCAUUGAUUGUAAGUGUCGCGGCUGCAGAAAUCCUCAUCGUAUCGAUGGACUCAAGGUGAGACCACAACUUCCGCAACUAACCUGUUUAGUACAAAUGAAGAAUCAACCUUUCGAGAAGAGCCACAUAGAUGUUCCGAUAAGUACUGCAUGUACACCAACAGUACCCAAAAUAAAGCAAGAAAUAUUGUCAAUUCCAAAUGUUAUUCCCGGAAGUAGUCGUCAAAUAAUGUCAGCGACCGUAAAUCCACAACUUUCUCGAACAAAUGAAACCAUCGAGUAUAUUUCCAAUGAUCUAGAUGAUAACAUUCAGGUUGUAAAUGUUUAUACUACUACACAUAUGCCCGAUAUUAGUACAACUUUGCCAACUAUUAUAAUGCAGGAUGAACCUUCUAUUCUGAAUAAUUCAGCGCCGACAACAGACUUGGCCUUACACACGCUGCCUUCUGAUUCAUAUUCUCUGAUUGGUGAAGAUUUGAUAAAGCAUUCAUUUUCCGAUGAAGAGUCGUCUGAUAAUCAAAGCGAUGUUGAAAUUGACUUAUGAGAAAACGAUGGCCAAUAGCAGAAACAGCUGAAAUUACAAGUAAAUUCCAUCACAUUUGUAUUUGAAUUAAAAACAGAAUAAGACUCAAGACAUAAAAAAGAAAAAUGAAUAACCUUUGUAUUUCAUUGUCCGAUUUAAUUUUACUUGACAUUAUCCCAUCUAAUUUGUAAUAAAAUCGAAUAGUUUCAUAUC